UAGUGAGGUUUCUUGAGAAGCACGAGGGCAAAAAACAUAGACCUCGGCAAGAUGUCUAAAGUUUGUUCUGCAUUUGUUAAAUAAAAGUAUGAAAAGUAUUAUUUUUAUCGCCAAAGAUAAUUGAGUACGUGAAUUUCAAAGCAGCUCUGAAGCUGACACCAAAAGAAGUUAAGCACUCAAGUCGCUGAUUGUACCAAACAGUGAUAACCGGCAAACAAAAUGGUGCUGAAGAAAAUAGACAACAGAAUUCGAGUGCUGAUCGAAAAUGGGGUUUCAGAAAAACACAGGACGUUAUUUUUCAUAGUAGGGGAUCAUGCAAGGGAUCAGGUUGUAAUUUUACAUCAUAUGCUGUCAAAGGCACAGGUGAAGGCAAGGCCUUCUGUAUUAUGGUGCUACAAGAAAGAAUUGGGAUUUAGCAGUCAUAGGAAAAAGAGAAUGAAGCAACUGCAAAAGAAAGUUAAAAGUGGUACUUUGGAUAUGAAAAAAGAUGACCCUUUUGAGCUGUUUAUUGCUGCAACUUCAAUAAGAUACUGUUAUUAUCAUGAGACCCAUAAAAUUUUAGGCAGUACUUAUGGAAUGCUUGUACUUCAGGAUUUUGAAGCCAUCAGUCCAAAUCUACUUGCAAGAACAGUUGAAACAAUUGAGGGUGGAGGAGUUGUUUGUAUCUUGUUAAAAACCAUGAAGUCACUUAAACAACUUUACACAAUGACAAUGGAUGUUCACUCAAGAUACAGAACUGAGGCACAUAAAGAAGUUGUAGGUCGGUUUAAUGAAAGGUUUUUGCUAUCUUUGGCUUCAUGCAAGAAAUGUCUCGUUAUUGACGAUCAGCUCAGAAUUUUGCCAUUAUCAACGGACAGCCGCAAUAUCACUGCACUUCCACCAAAAACGAAGGAGGAAUCGUAUACCCCAGAAGAAAUCGAAUUGAAAGAAUUGAAAGAGUCAUUGCAGGAUACACAGCCUGUUGGAAAUUUAGUGAAUCAUUGUAAAACUGUUGACCAGGCCAAAUGUUUGCUGAAGUUCAUCGAGGCCAUAUCAGAAAAGACACUUCGUACGACAGUUGCUUUGACUGCUCCAAGAGGUCGAGGGAAGUCGGCAUCAAUGGGCUUGGCGAUGGCUUCUGCUAUUGCCUUUGGGUAUUCGAAUAUUUUUGUGACGUCACCAAGCCCAGAAAACCUGAAGACUCUUUUUGAGUUUGUUUUCAAAGGAUUUGAUGCAUUAGAAUAUCAGGAGCAUCUCGAUUACGAAUUGAUACAAUCUACAAAUCCUGAUUUCAACAAAGCUGUCGUUAGAGUCAAUGUAUUUAGGGAGCAUCGACAAACCAUCCAGUACAUUCACCCAUCUGAUGCACACAAACUUGGCCAAGCUGAACUCGUUGUUAUUGAUGAGGCAGCAGCCAUACCGCUACCUCUUGUCAAGAAGCUACUUGGACCUUAUCUUGUGUUCAUGGCAUCUACUGUCAAUGGUUAUGAGGGCACAGGACGCUCACUUUCCCUUAAACUCAUUCAACAAUUGAGAGAAAAGAGUGCAGCUAGUAGCAGAGCAGCCUCCAAAAAUGGAGACGCAUCCAAAACGACAGACACUGCCACGCCGGGUGGGCGUUUGUUGUUGGAACUGUCGUUGAAUGAGUCAAUCAGAUAUGCAAAUGGCGACCAUGUUGAAAAAUGGUUGAACGAACUAUUGUGUUUGGAUGCUAGUGUUGUCCCAAGGAUCCACUCGGGCUGCCCAGUUCCAGAAAGUUGCGAUUUGUAUUAUGUCAACAGAGAUACCUUAUUUUCGUACCACAAGGCGUCAGAAGUAUUUUUGCAAAGAAUCAUGUCAUUAUACGUUGCUUCUCAUUAUAAGAACACACCCGACGACUUGCAACUCAUGUCUGAUGCUCCUGCACAUCAUCUUUUCUGCCUUCUCGGCCCAGUGGACUCCAACCAAAAGACCCUUCCCGAGGUUCUCUGCUUCAUCCAGGUGAGCCUUGAAGGGGAAAUAUCAAAGGCAACUGUAAUGAACAGCCUAGCAAGAGGUAAGCGGGCCUCUGGUGAUCUAAUACCCUGGACAAUAUCUCAGCAGUUCAAUGAUAGUGAUUUUGCCAGUCUCUCUGGUGCAAGAGUUGUGCGAAUCGCCACCCACCCAGAAUUCCAGGGGAUGGGAUACGGCAAAAGAGCCCUUCAGCAGCUUGUGGCUUACUACGAAGGCAAAAUACCUAAUAUAACUGAAGAUGGUGACGAUUCAGAUGCAGAAUUAAACAGAAAUACAGAAAUUGAAACAGGGGAUGCUGAUAUACUUGAGGAACAUAUCGAGCCAAGAAAAGACCUACCACCGCUUUUGUCAAAGCUGAGUGAACGAAAGGCUGAAAAACUGGAUUAUGUAGGAGUUAGUUUUGGCCUAACUGCAGAACUGCUCAGAUUUUGGAGAAAGAGUUUCUUCAUUCCGGUGUACGUACGUCAGACAGCUAAUGACUUAACUGGGGAGCAUACAUGUAUUAUGCUGCGGACGCUAAAUGAAGAAGAGAUAAUUGAUUCGGACGCCCUGUGGCUGAAAUCAUACUGGCAAGACUUCAGACGCAGAUUUAUUGCAUUGCUUUCCUACCAGUUCCGUGAAUUUACCGCUUCUCUUGGCCUUGGUGUUCUACAAAACAAAUUCACAAAAGAGUCUGAUUUUUCAGACGUUCCAAAGGGCGAGCUCGAUCUUAUAUUCACAAAAUAUGAUUUGAGAAGACUUGAUCUCUACUCGCGAAAUUUGGUUGACUAUCAUCUCAUUAUGGAUCUUCUUCCUGAAGUCUCCAGACUCUACUUUUCAAACAGGAUGGAUUUCAAGUUGUCGACAGUGCAAUCUGCUAUUCUUCUGGGGAUUGGUCUGCAACACAAACGUGUAGAUGAAUUAGAGAAAGAACUUGAUUUGCCUGGGAGCCAGAUUCUUGGCCUGUUCAACAGAAUGAUGAAAAAAGUAACCCAGUAUCUGAAUGGCAUUGUCGAGAAAGAAGUUGAACAGUCUCUAGCACCGAGAAAGUCUAUCAUCAUGGAACCAACUGCCAAGUCUUUAGAUAAAGAACUGGAUGAGGCUGAAAAGGAAUUCAAAGAGAAGCAAAAACAGGAGAUGGAGAAACUCAAGUCGAUAGACUUUACUGAGUUUGCCAUUUCUGGAAACGAGCAAGAAUGGAAUAAAGCUCUGGGAAAAACAAAAAAGCUUGGAAACAUCAGUAUCGGCAGUUCAAAAGAUAAAAGAAAGCAAGAUAUGCCAGAAAACGAGAAAAAAGGGCCUAAGAAUGCCAAGAAAGCCCGAAAAAGUGACUCAAGAAGGUAAAGUGUUUUUGUUUUUUUAUAAACGCAUUGGACUGAGGACUAUGUUUAGAAGAUCCACCGGGCAUCGUAGCUUUGCAGGGAGUUUAACCAAGACUUGAAACCCUUAAAGUAUCUGCCUAUUAAUCGCUCAUGUGAAUUUCAAGACAAAACUUUUGAUUUACGUGAAAAUUUGUAUCCCUUAUGAGAUUGUAGCAAGUUAUCGUGGAUUAAUGAACCUUGUUGUUGA